CUCUUUUACGCCAUAUUAGAAACGAGUUGAAAUAAAAAAUGGCUCCUCGAUAUGAAAUGGCCUGUGGCCUGCACAAGGGCCACAAAGUGACCAAGAAUGUGAGAAAACCACGUCCAUCUAGGAGGAAGGGAGCUCUGACCAAACAUGCCAAGUUCAUCCGUGAUGUUGUUCGGGAUGUUGUCGGUUAUGCUCCUUAUGAAAGACGUUGCAUUGAGUUGUUGAGGGUGUCCAGGGACAAGAGAGCACUCAAGUUUGUCAAGAAGAGGCUCGGCACACACAUCCGAGGCAAGAGGAAACGUGAGGAGAUGGCACAAGUAAUCCAGGCACAGAGGAAGAAGUAAAUUUCAACUGUAUUUAAAUUGUAAAAAAAAUAAAUUUAAAAGUCCUA